UUUGAAACAUAGAACUAGAAGGUUGAUUCCGUUUGGUUUGUUUUAUUUCUCGAUGCUUUCACUUUGGUUGAUUUUGGAACAAUAAUUGGCAUUUAGUUUGGCAUCAGGCACUAUACUCUGGCCCUGGCACUACUUACUCUUGAGUGCUGAAAAAGUAUUGAGUUUGUUGCCUCCACCUGUUGCACAAUGGAUCACAAUUAUAAUGACACUCCUCUACUUACAAAUAGUGAUUAUGAAUCAAUAAUGGAGGAUUUGAAACCAGAUAGUUUUGGAGGUUUUGGAUCACCGUUUCGUAUUGAUCAUCAAAAUGCAACUUAUGAAAACCCAAUGAUCAACACAGCUAUGAGACCCGUGGCACAAAAUUCUCAUCUAAUACCUCAACCACCUCCAUUAGAACAUUACGGUGAUGUGCACUUGCCGGUGAUGCAGAUACAAGAUGGUACCAAUACUCCUGUCACCGCUGUCCCACAAAUGUCCCCGUCUCUGUCCCCCACAGGCACCAUCCCCUCCAGAGAACAUUACCCGGGCCAGUUUGAGUUUGAGGUUCGGCUGGACUCGACUUCAGCGAGUAAAAAGUCCUGGCUGUACUCGAUGCUGUUAAGCAAAGUGUUCAUUGAUAUGAACAAGUCUUUGCUAAUUCAGUUCCAUGUCAACGACUUCAGGAAUGGCUUGUAUGUGAGGGCGCUGCCUGUGUAUGAGCAGGAUGACUUUGUUAGUGUCCCUGUAGAACGUUGUAGGCUACACUCCAUCAACGACGACCCUCACGGAAGAGCCCAUCCACAGUCAGAACCUGGUGUGUGCUACUGUCACAAGAACUGUAUGGUACGUCAUGUUGUACUAUGUACACACCCCCAGGCCAGGUAUGAUUACAACAGUGAGAGUGACCGUCACAGUGUUGUGGUACCCCUGCAGCCACCACAGCCAGGCAGUGAGACUACCACCAUUGAGUACUUGUUUGCAUGCAAAACAAGCUGCCCACGUGGUAUGAACCGCAAACCCAUCAUUGUUAUUUACACUUUGGAGAACGAACAUUGUGAGGUCUUGGGGAGAUUAAUUCUACCAGUGAAGAUAUGCAGCUGUCCUAAAAGGGACAAGGAGAAAGAAGAGAAAGAAAAAGAGGAGAUGGAAAAGCAAGGGAAUGAACGUAGAGGCAAACGCAGAAUUUCCCAAGAGAAACCAGAUAAGAGGGUAAAGUUUGAGAUUGCUGACAAAAACGGCAUUCUCCAAGAAAAUAACGAGGAUGGUAUUAAGAGAUCUGAUAUGGAAAAGAUCAAUCAAAGAUUGGAAAACAAAAUCACAGAGUUGGAAAAUAAAAUUGAUAAAAAAUUCUCAGAAAUGGAAAACAAAAUCACAGAGUUGGAAAAUAAAAUUGAUAAACAAUUCUCAGAAAUGGAAAACAAGGUGUUGAGUGCCAUCAAUUCAAUGGUAAAGCCAUGUUAUAUGUAAAGUUUUGGAUUACUUGAAAACUUCAGGAUGUGGAAAUUGAAUAAGUGGGCUUCCUACCUAAAUGACUAAGCAUAUGCAAUAACUUAAUAAGUUGUUCAGAGUUAUUCAAUAUUCAUACUCCCUUUUUUCUAUGUAAGUAAACAUGGAAUCUGUCAUGUUUAAAACUUUAUUUCUACAUGAUAGGAUUUGCAUUUGCUUUUUCCUCAGCAAACAUAUUUAUUUGCUCAACUAAAAAACAUUAAUCUACUUUAGAGCCUUUUUGAACAAAAUAUUUACUAAGUUAGGCAACUUGUGAUAGCACAUGAUUUAACACAGUUGAGAUUAGCUAUGCAGCCAACAUUAAGGAAUUAUUUCAUGUAAACUGUUGACGUUUAUUAUUUGUUCAUUCAGUUUUCUGAUCUCUAGCUAGGUUGAAUUACUAUGUUUAGUGUCCUGUAAUAAGCUUUUAAAAAUCUGUGGACACGGAUGAAACUUGAUAGGUAAACAAGACUGUUUGUUACUGCCAUUGUUAACUAGUAAUUUAGCCGGUCUUAAACUAUUAUUCUUUUACUAUAUUAUUAGUAUUAUUAUUUAUGCAUUUAUUUAUAUAGUAAUUUCAAAGUGUUGUUAUUCUAAUAUUCCUUGCAGUAAGCUAAUGGUCAAAACCAGAAAUUUUGAAUCUUAAAACUUAAAAACCUUAUCACACACCUUUGAAUAUUGUCUUUUUCACCCUUGAUAUAGUAUUUAUUUCAUGCGCAAAAGUUUUUAAUUUGGAAUAACUGGUUAGGAUUGAUUGAAUCGGUAUCAAGAAGGCCUAUCGAUAUCAGUAUCUAGAAUCUAAAAAAAAUUGUAUUGACACAUCUAUAUUUUAAACCUAUAAUAAACUCCUUUUGAAUUUCAUAACUCGUCGAUCUAAUCUUAAAAUAAAACCAAAACUUUGAAGAGAUUAGUUGUUUUGGGAUUUGAGAUUCAGUUUUGGUUUUGACACAUCACUAAUUCCUUAUAGGCUACCUACUUAAUAUUAUGAACCAGUUAUUGUUAGUGUUUCAUACCAACAUUUGUGUUAAAUGUAGUAGCAUAUUAUGUAUAGUAGUUUUUUUUUUUUUUUUAUUUGUCGCUCAAAUGUGUUCUGUAGAUAGGCUAUCUUUAUUUACACAAAGGUGCUACCACUGUACUUUUAUCUUACAACAUUUGACAAUCUUUGGAACAAGUCAUUUUCCUUCAGGCCAUGUAAUUGUGAAAAGACAAGAUCUUUCACUCGACAUAUUUAUAUACAUUUGUGAAAAUCCCUAUUUAUUUAAUAUUUAUAAACAUAAACUGUGUUAGGUCUAGUCCUCUCGAGAAAAGACCCGAAUAAAAAUAGUGUCAUGAUAAAAAAAUACAGUUGAAUUCAGCUAUAAAUAAUUAUUAAUUUAUACAUUUUGUUUAUAUUGUGUUUUGUUUUGCAAUAGUAUUGUUGCAUCUAUAACCUAAAACUAUUAAGUUAGUUUCUUUGUCUUUCUAUUUGUGCAACUUAAUAAUAAAUACAAAUUGUUAUGAUUGUUAAUUUAAUUUGUAUAAUGUAGUUUAAGUCUUUCUGUGUAUAUGUUUUUGGUUCUUGUAUUGGAGAGCAAAAUAUUUGUUAUAUGUCUUGAUUAUUAUUAAGUGUUAAUUUGUUUGGUACUUAUUGGUCUACAGAGCAUCUAUAUAAUAAGUAACAGUACUACAGUAACAUAUACAGCUAAUUCACAUAAAUUACAUUGUUACUUCAAUAGUUUUCUUUUCUAUGGUCAGCUAAACUACCAGCACUUAGCAAAAUAUUCUACAACUUCAAGGUUGAUAGCUGAGUGAGCAUGAAUUAUUCAAUGAUCUUUCAAUAUUUGAAGAAUUUCAUGAGUAGGCUAGGAGUUAGCCUUAACUUAUGUCAUUUAGGAGAGAUUGAUGUAGCUGGAUAAAAUAUUGCCUUUUGUAGUUCAAUAAUGAUCUGCCUUUUGUAGUUCAAUAAUGAUCACGUGUUUUUAAAAUGCUUGUCAAUACUAUGAGUAACAUUUUAUUCCUGUUAUUUGUAAUUGGCGAUUCUAAAGAAAUAUUCCAAGCAUCUUGUCUUUCCCAAUUUCAGAUUAUUAAUUUUGCACAAUUGAAACUAACAAUAAUUCUAUGCUCAAUUAGUAUAGGCCUAGCCAAUAAGUAGAUUAUUUUAGUCCAGCCUAAAAAUUUUCUCCUGCCUGGAUGACAAAAUUAGAUUAACAGAAGUGUUUUGUUGUAUUUUGUAUAUGCUGCCUGGAUUUGUAAUACUAGACGUUUCUUGAAGCAACAAAGCAAAAUUUAAUACCUCCUUAUUUAGCUUCAGUUGUAGAUAAUAAAAGCUAAAAUCUUACAUAACAACCAAUAACUGAAUGUUCAUUGUACAGUAUUAUUCUUGUUCGUACACUAACACUUGCAUUCACAUAUUCUUUAAUAACAAACUGAUAAGUAUCAACUAUGUGAUUAUUGUUGUUUUUUCCCUUGUAUCCAAGGCCAUCCCAAAUAAACUUCAAAGGAACCAAUACCUACUUAUAGUAUUAUUAGAUAUUAGCCUUCAGAUUUAAUUUCCUAAAUAUUGGCCUGCAAUGUAGUUUUUUGUUAACAAAUUCCUCUUCCAGAAAUGCAACACUAGAACUAACUACACUAGGUAUUUUUAUACCUCUAGUUUAUGUAUAAAAUACAGUAGCUAGUUAGUUCAAUCCUAAAUUUCAUAAAUUAAAAAAAAUUUUGUUUUAAGACUUUUAGUCUGCAAAUUCAGGUUAUUAUAGUGAUCUUAAUCUUAAGUUGUUUUUUAUUCCAUGACUCAAACCAAUAUGUAUA